CCCGCUCUGCCCUGGGGGGCGGGGGGCCGGAGGCUGUGUAGCGGAGGAGGGAGCGGGCGGCGAGGCCGCGUAAGAUGAGCAGCAGUUGCUCUGGGCUGGGCAGGGUCCUGGUGACUGUGGCUGCAGCCCUAGUGUCUGUCUCUUCCAUUGACCCUGAGACCUGGGGUCCCCCAGGGGUCCAGUACGGGCAACUUGGAGAGACCAUUGUGCUUUUGUGUCCAGGAGUGACUCCUGGGACACUGGUUUCCUGGCACCGAGCAGAUGGCCAUGCACUCCAGGGGACAUCGAGGUCAGAGUUAGGGUUGGGACGACAGGAACUGGUCCUGGAGCAGGUAGAUAGCCAAGACGAGGGCACCUAUAUCUGUCAAUCCCAGGAUGGGGAUACCAGAGGCUCUGUGACGCUUCAACUAGGCUACCCCCCAUCUCGUCCCAUGGUUUCCUGUCGGGCAUCAGACUAUGAGAAUUUCUCCUGUUCCUGGAGCCCCAGCCGGGUCAGUGGCCUCCCCACACGAUACAUUACUUCCUACAGGAAGAAAAUCAUUCUUGGAACAGAAAGAGGAAGGCCAGCGCUAUCUGCAGAGCCCCAACCGUGCUUAGCAGAACUUCCUGGGGCUACCCGGUGUGUGGUCCAUGGUUCUGAGUUCUGGAGCCAAUAUCGGAUUAAUGUGACCGAGGUGAACCCCCUGGGGGCCAGUGCCCGCCUACUGGAUGUGAGCAUGCAAAGUAUCUUAAGGCCGGACCCACCCCAGGGACUUCGAGUGGAACCAGUUCCUGGGGCUCCCCGACGCCUAUUGGUCAGCUGGGCCUAUCCAAACUCUUGGCCCCUCCAACCCCAUUUUCUGCUCAAGUUUCGACUGCAGUACCGCCCUGUGCGCCACCUGACCUGGUCCAUGGUGGAGCCAGCCGGGCUAGAGGAAGUGAUCACCGAUGCUGUGGCUGGGCUGCCCCAUGCUGUGCGUGUUAGUGCCCGAGACUUCCUUGAUGCUGGCACUUGGAGCGACUGGAGCGAGGAGGCCUGGGGGACCCCAAGCCCUGUAUUGGUUACCUCCGGCCCAAGCACCAGACCCAUCGAGAGGCCUGUGGAGACAGAGACUCAGAUGCAGGUGCGGACAAAGGUGCAGGCGCAGACAGAGAUGAAGCCAGAGAGACAUGUUCUCCCCGAGCCUUCCCUGCAGCCCAACUCUCAGCCGCUGAUGGACCACAGGGAUCCUCUGGAGCAGGUGGCCGUGGUAGCCUCUCUGGGUGUCUUCUCCUUUGUGGGUCUGGCUGCUGGGGCCCUUGCACUCCUGCUCUGGCUAAGACUAAGAGGAAAUAGAAAAGGGGCUGCCCCGAAGCCUGGUUUCUUGGCUCCUAUGGUGCAAGUGAAGACCAUGUCUGUGGCUCAAAUCCUGUAGUAAACUUGGGAUGAUCUUACUCUUAGUAAGAUCUUUACAAUCAGCACCCAUGUGGAGAGGCAGCUGGAGGUUCUGGAAAGACAAUAAUCCCCCUCGAACACCACCCACCUUCUGAGGGGCUAUCGUUUAGGGUCCAUUUUUGUGGGACUCACAGUAUCUCUACCAUUUGCUAUCAAGUGUGUGGAUGAACGACUCCUUAGUUAUGGAGUUCAUGCAACAUCGUCCCUUUCCCACCCCAACCUGGCUCUGCAUAAGGGGAACAGACUUCCCUCCCAAACAUCUGGGGCCAUAAGGGACAUAUACUGAAAUACACCUGAGGCAAGGUGAGGUGUGUUUCUGUACAUGUGUGUGUUUGUAUGCCUAUGUGCAGGAAGUGAGCUGUGAAUCAGCUGGGGAGCACGGGCUUUCUGAUGGCUACACACCUGCGGUUGUUUGGACACGUACCUGUAUAAGCCUCCUAACGUGUGUGUGUGUGUGUGUGUGUGUGUGUGUGUGUGUGUGUGUGUACACAAUGGAUGUCUGAGGGAGAGGAAACUUGGAGAGUAGGCUAUUAUUGCCAUGUAUCUAUGUGAAUAAAGG